CUGAGGCACUGCACAGGAUGUCUCAGCACAAAGCUGCCCUGAUCCACACCAAGGUGGUGACGGGCAGCUGGUGCUGUGUGCUGCCCCGCUGUGAGGAUGUGUCGGAGGAGCUGAGCGAGGAGGAGUGCAGCAUUGCCCGGAGGGCACAGCGCGUGGCACUGGAGGUGCUAGAGGAUGCACUACGCAAGGACCGUGUGCUGAUGAGGAACCUGAAGGAUGUGGUAGUGCUGACUGGGGAGGGAGGAGAAGGCUGGGUGGAGCGUUACGCCAUGCUGACUGAGCGGCUGCUGCGGAGCCUCGUUGCACAGCUCCAGCAGGCAGCCUUCCUCAAGAACCCGCGCAAGGCGGGCUCCUAUGCCUACGUCAAGAAGAAUGCAUGGGACCGCACCAUCUACCUGUGCCCGCUCUUCUGGCAGGCACCCAGUGAGCUGCAGAAGGACUCGCAGCCUGGCACACUGAUCCAUGAGGCUUCGCACUUCCUGGGCCUGCAUGACAUCACUUAUGCCACAGCCAGCUUCAGGGCGGGCAGUGGUGGCACAGCCAUCUGCACAGACGGGCACAUGCCCCUCUCCGAGACCCUGCGGAAGGCGCUGCUCAACGCCAACAGCAUCGAGUAUGAGUUCGAGAUCGUGCUGAGGCACCGGCAGCCCUAUCAGGGUGGCUGCUAUGCCUGCUGCGGGGAGACGGCACGUAACUCUGUCUGCGAGAAUGCACUGCCCUGGGGUGGGCCGGCCUGUGGGCCCCAGAGCACGGCUGCCAGCACUAUCGGGGACAUGGUGCAGCUGGCUGUGCUGCCCACCCGGGAUGCCAUGCGGAGAUGCCUGUGGGACAUGCGAGGAGUGGCAGAAGCCCUGAGCCAGUGCCAGCGGGCUGUGCUGGUGGCCAACAUCACCGGCGGGGUGGUGAGUGUGGCAGGGGGGGUGGCAGCCAUGGCCGGGCUGCUGCUGGCCCCUGCUGCGUUGGGUAAUGCGCUGCUGUUGGCGGCUGUGGGUUUUGGCGUCACCAUGGCUGGGAGCAUCGCCAGCACUGCCGCCACCAUUAGCAGCAGCGUGGGCUGCCUGGUGAGGAAAGGCAAGGCUGAGAUGCUGCUGGAGAAGUUUGCUGCACAGGCACAGGUGUUCACGGGCUGCCAGGAGGCUGUGGAGAGGGCACGGAUGCUGCUGGAGGCUCUGGGGCAGGAGGAGAACCUGGAUGUCAUCCUGGGGGUGUUCCGGGUGGUAGUGGGGCUUGGGCGCAGCAUCUUCAAUGGCAGUAGAGCUCUCAGAGUCAGCACAGUGCUGGCAGGGGCUGGCAAUGCCACCAUCCUUGCCGGGACAGCCUCCUAUGUUCUGCUCGGCCUCUGCCUAGCCCUGGACAUAUUCUUCAUCACCAAGGACUCAGCACACCUGCACCGUGGCACAUGCUUGGAGCUGGAGGGGAGAAUCCAUGCAGCCACAGCCAUGCUGGAAAGGGAGUUUGGUGCCAUUGAUGAGUUCUGUGAGAAAAUCAGGCUGAUCCUGGAGGAGCAGGAGUGAAGGCUGGCACAGGGCUGAAUCCCACACCUGGUGCUCCUGCCCAACUGCUGGAGACGAUGGGAGCCCUCCAGCAGCUUUGAGUGUGCACAGAUUUCCAAUAAAGCUAUUGUGCUU